CGCGGUGCGUGGGCAUCUUCCGCUUCGUUUUCCUACAUCAAGCGCCAUCCAUGCCUUCUAUCGGCGCCUCUUUACCUCCGCCCCUCUGGCUUCUUCCCUCAACACCCACCGGGUGCGAAGCACAAAGCGACGAUGGAGACUCCCGUUGAUGAGAAGAAAUCCGACCUCGGCGUGCAAGAGCUCAGCGCCAGUGAGAGGACACCGUCCCUGCACCCUGAGCAACGCGGGUUUUUUGAGAGGGUCACUCACGCGCUGACACGCUGGGGGAUUGAGACGAAUGGCAUUGAUCCCAUCCCUCCUUCCGAAAGGACGGAUGGCAGAUUGUAUCAGCUCUUUUUUGUCUGGUUCACAGCGAACAUGAACGUGCUUGCCUUCGGGACUGGCACCGUAGGACCGGCUUUCUAUGGACUUGGCCUUCGGGAGUCGCUUAUAAUCCUCCUCAUUGUCGAUAUCAUAUCAUGCAUCAUACCGGCUUACUUUGCGGUGUUCGGGCCAAAGCUCGGUAUCCGUUCUAUGGUCCAAGCGCGUUAUACCUGGGGCUACUACGGCGCCAUGCUUCCGAGCGCACUCAACGUCUUCACCAUGGAAGGCUUUCUCAUCUUGAAUACCAUCAUUGGUGGCCAGAUGCUCGCAAGCGUGUCCAGUGGACAUUUGGAUGACACCGUAGGCAUUGUAAUCAUCGCCGUAUUAUCACUGCUGGUGUCGUUCUGUGGAUACAGAGUCAUUCACUGGUACGAGAGCGUCGCCUGGAUACCGAACGUCGUUGCAUUCAUCAUGCUCUUGGGCAUUGGAGGGAAACACCUCUACAACGCUCCCGCUUCCGAACCAAUUUCCGCGUCCGCUGUCAUUACAUUUGCGACUGUAACAGCGUCCAGUGUGAUCAGCUGGUGUACGAUGACAUCUGACUAUGGUGUCUAUCACUCGGCAAGCGCAUCGCAGCUUCGAGUGUUCUUAUAUGCUUACGCUGGUUUCCUGAUCGCCAGUAUCACAGGCCAUAUGUUGGGUGCCGCGUUUGCAGCGGUGGCGCUCUCUGGAAGCGAUGCAACGUGGCAGGCAGGAUUCGACAAUGGCAACAAUGUCGGCGGGCUUUUCGAAGCCAUCCUCUCUCCAGCCGGAGGAUUCGGGAAGUUCAUGACCGCUUUGUGUGCGCUGACAAUCCCGAGCGCUUGUGCACCGACAAUGUACACCUUCUCGUCGAGCUUGAUGACGAUCAGCUAUUACUUCGCGAAGGUGCCAAGAUAUGUGUACGCUACUGUGUCUGCGGCCAUCUUGGUCGGCGUGGGUAUCGUAUGCGCAACACGGUUCUAUACCACGUUCACAGACAUCAUGAGUCUCAUCGGGUACUGGAGUGUCGUUCACGGAGUGAUGAUCCUUGUGGAACACUUCAUCUUCCGCAAGAACGACUUCGACUCGUACGACCUUGGCGCGUGGGAUCAACCCCGCAAGUUGCCUCUUGGUGUGGCUGCCACAUUGGCCUUCUUGUGCGCCUUCGGGAUCAUUAUUCCCAGCAUGGACCAGGCUUGGUAUAUCGGGCCCAUAGCAAAGGCAGGAAGCGGCGACAUAGGCAUCAUCGUGGGUAGCUGUGUCAUAUGCAUUUUGUACCCGUGCUUCAGAGUCGUGGAACGGAGCUUCUGGAAGAAGUGAUUCUAUAAUGACAGUAUCUUAGCGACAGGUGCCGCUUGCGCCCAAAUUACGGAUAAUACUGCAGGUUAGCAAUACAACUUGAAGUUGAACAGCC